CUUUAAUAACGUUGUCAAGCAACCAAGAUAUUGUCAUUAUCUUUUGAGUGGGUUACUUACGAAGUAACUUCGACCUACUGUAACUUCUUAUCCCAAAAAUUAUAAUUACAAGUCACCGUGUUUUAAUUGUAAAGAAAACAAAUGGCACACGUCCGGACGUAUAAUUCUUCUGUUCGUGUGGGAAACUGGAAUGAAGAUAUUCAGUUGGAGGAAGUAGGUAUCAACAUUAACAGUAUUAACUUAAUUUAGACUGACUUUACUUAGUAAGAGACUUAGUAAGACUUAGAUUAACUUAGUAAGAGACUUAGUAAGACUUAGUUACUUAGACUUAGUAUUUAGUAAUUAUUAGUUAAGCCUAGACUUAAGGCAAGGCAGGCCUACUUAUAAAUGAACUUAUUAUUCAUUUAAAUUUAAUAAUUAAGUAUUAGUAUUAAUUUUAUUACAAUUACACUAUUACUUAAAUUACUUAGACGUAACUUGCUAAAAUUUAUAAUUUUCUUAACUUAGGAUAGUAUAAUAAUAAUUUGCUAAAGUUAUGGGCUUACUAUACUAUAAUUAAUUUAUAUUAUAUUAUUAUAAGUAAAUUAUAUUUGUCACUAGUGGCCUUAAGCCACCACCAUUAGUCUCUAGUAGUUGACAGUUGUAGCUGUAGUAUCCCGGUGUCUGUAGUAAUUAGUAGUAGAUUGUAAUCAUUUUGCCCAUUUAGUACAAUAUUAUUAUUUUCAGAUGAUGCCAAUGUUGUGACCAUAUUUUAAUUUAAUCAGUUUUUUUUUUUAAAAUGCGGCUGUAUUCUAUUAUUAUAAAUGAAAAGUAACUUCGAAGCACAUUAAUUGCAUUUAUAAAAGUGUAACCAGUAGUAGUCUGUAGUCAAGGUUCUCCUGCAAGAAAUGCAGCGAAGACUGCCAUUGCAGGAUCUGCCUAGUAAACCAUUUGAUUAGUUGUCCAUAGCUACUUCAUUUGUCUCCCUAUAUUAGCCUAUAUAUAUAUAUAUAUAUAUAUAUAUAUUGUUAACGCGGUCUUUCUUAAGGACGUACCAUCAAUAUAUGUCAUUGCUAACUGUGCAAGCCUGAUCAAAAAAAAUAAUGAGUCGCUUGAACUUAAUGAAAAUGUGCUUACAUGAAUUCAGUCUGAAUUUAAAUGCUCUACCAGAAUGGAUUCUAUUUAGCAAUGCACUGCAAAUGCAGAGGAGGCAGCAAACUAUUUAUUAUUUAUUUUUAAUAUCUUAAAACCUGGAGGCAUAUUCCUCCUCAAAGAGGUAAGUUGAAAGCUGGUUUAGUAGUAAUGUUGCUACGAAAACUUAAAUCAACAAAAGAUCUUUGAAAUAGCACCAUAAUGGUCCUCAAGCAAAUGAUUUCAAAAGUCAUCGACUUUGAAAUACUUACCAAAUCUUUUAAAGAUACCUUAGUAUUUAUUCGAAGAGUUAUUCUUGCACCCACUGAGCCUGACCUUCCCUUUAUAUUAAGAGGAAAACAGUUUCCAUUGAGACUUGCUUUUGCUAUGACUAUUAACAAAAGCAAAAGAAAAAUGCUGAAAUCAUUUGGUAUUUAUUUGGCAUCUCCAAUAAAUGGACAAUUUAAUGUUGCAUUUUGAAGAACAAAAUCCUUUAAGGCAAUUCAAAGUAAAAGUCUAAGGAACUGACCAACAUGGUGACUUAAAAAAUAACAUAGAGUUUGCACCAAAAAAGGUUUUCUACAAACAAAUUCUUGCCCAAUAAUUAAACUUCAAAGCUAGCCGUAGCUCUAUCAAUAUGUGACUGUAAAAAUGCUUUCCAUCAAAAUGUUUAUUUUUUUUAUAAGUACCGUAAUGAGAUCAUCAUGAGUUUUAAGAGAUAAGCAUCCAAUGAAUACUUUUACCAUUUGAAUUAAAAAGUAAUUUAAAUUUGUUAAAAAUGUAUUUUAAAGUAAUAUGAUAAGAGAAAAAUUUGACGGGGGUGGGGGAAAAAUUCAUGCAAUAUAAUUACAACGCUACCUAGACAUUUUUGUAUAGAUAUAAAGCUUAGCCUAUGCAACUAUGAGUGUUUUAUUGGUAUGGUUCACUUAGAUGUCCAGACAUAAGUCUGGAAGAAACUAUUUGUUCCGCUAAAGCAGGGGUCUCAAAUUCAAAUUAUCUGUGGGCCACAGGAGGUAGAGUCUGAGUGAGACCGGGCCACAUCAAGUGUUCCACACAAAAAGUGGUUACAAAUUCAAUAAAGAACAGCUGUUACAAUCUGCUCAAUCUUUGUGAAUAAAAAAAAAACAUUAAAGGUUAUUGAGAACGAGGCUUCACUUACUUCCUCAAACUCCUUGUUGCCAUAGACCUGGCAGUGCUUCUUUUUAUACAGCUGAGUAGGCCGCAUUAACAGUGAACUUUGCUAUCAGGUAUCAGGCCGCAAAAUAUCACCUUGCGGGUCGCAAAUGGCCCACGGGCCGUGAGUUUGAGACCCCUGCACUAAACCAUACAUUUUCUUUAAAAUGUGCUUUCUUAUUGGUCGACAUUGAAAUUUUUACUUUAUUCGCUAUUAUUAUUUAUAUAUAUUGUACCCAGGUCAAGCAAAAUUGGAAGAAAUUUUGAGUUAAGCUUAGUAUGAUGAUAAAGUAGCAGACCUGGAACUCUCAUAAUAGUACAAUUUAGUCUCAGAAUAGUAAAUUACCAUCUCAAAAUGGUACAGCGAAGUGAUGCAUGUUUGCACAUACCUAAAUAUAGUUUUGCUUCAUUCUGGACUUAAUUGUAAUGCUUGUGAAAAAUGAGGUUCCUCUUACCUAGCUUUUUUUUUCUUUUUACAUACAUCCUUUUUAAUUUAGUAGUUAAUAAAUACUUUUUUUUUUUUUUAAAUGUUUUACAUAUUUCAAUCUAUUUUCAAUCUAUCAUUCCAAAAUGGGGUAAGGUACAUAGAAGUGGAGUGUAACGGUAAAAAAAAAAUGAUGUAAUAAAGAUAGCAAAAUGUGCGUUUGUGCCAAAAAUUAAAAUAAUCGCUAUUUGAAUAAAAAAUUAAGUUCAUUUGUGAUACAUCUCUUGGGCCUUAACAUUUAACAUGGCAGGCCACAGUUUGCCCUCCUCUGCUUUAAGCCGGGGAGCUUGAUUUUACUUUUCGUUAACAUAUUAUGGGUAAAAAUACCACAAGCUGUAUUGGGAGAAUGGGAAGAGAAGUGAUGGAACAAAACUGGGGUAUUAUAAUUGUACAGCUGCUUAGUGACUUCUAAAAAUAGAUUUCAAAUGUCUCUUACUAGAUCUUAUAGAAUAUGUCAAAAUCUAACGCUACUGUAUGGAGCAGUUAAGAAUGCAUUUCAAAAAAUAAUAAGUCUUGAAAAAGGAGUGCCUAUUCAAAAUUGAUGAUAGCAUUAAAAUCAUCCACGGAAUGUACAUGUCCGUCAAUGUAGCCAAAUUUGAAUGUCAGAGUUGAUUUGACAAUGGGAUAUACUUUUAUAAAAUAUGCAAAAAACAACAUGUUUUACACCCUUCUUCCCUACCCUGCUAAAUUAAGGGUCAGUCCAUAUGUUGUGUGUGCACAGGGGAUUCAUAUGAGUUUUGUAUUUUUGACCCCUUCUCCGUACUAAAUUUUUCGUCCGUAUUUGUCCUUACUUUCCUUUCGUCAUCCGGCUUGUUCGUGCUUUUGGCAGCAAGGACUUACUUGCCUUACUUCCAUUUGUCUUAUCUUAUUUCUCCGCAAAGGCCAACGCAAUGAAUAGUUUCAGCGCCAUAAUGCGGAUCAUUUCUCGUUAACCAAAGCAUUACUGCUGCACCUGCAUGAAUCCCCUUUGAAACUAUCUGCGCAUGUAAAUGAAAUCUUCUCAGAAAAAAUUGUUUAGUAGCGAUCUCUUUGACAAGGUAACUCAUGUGAAACAAUUUGUCACCUUCUAAGCAGGAAGAAUGGAACUUGCAAAUAUUUCUGUAGUUUAAAAAAUGGGUGCAACUAUUUCAACAUUUAAAAGCAAAUGAUAUACUUUCUGUACAUUUGCAACUACUGCUUGAGUUUUCAUUCACCCUUCCCAGCACAAAAAUGUCUGUGGAGCGAGCUUUCUCUGAGGUAAACGAUGCUUGAACAUCUGAGAAAUCACAGCUGAAAGAUAUUUUGAUUUUCCAUGGACCUUUGAUCUAAAUUAGUGGUCGGCAAACUCAUUAGUUUGUCAAAAGAGCCAAAAAUCAGCAGCAAGAUAAUUCAAAAAAUUUUGAGAGCCAAAUUUAUUUUCAAGAACUUGUCAAGAACCAUGGUUUUUUUGAGUCAAAACCGAUUUGUGGCCGACUGACCGAUCCGCACUUGGGUCGCUAAAGAGCCACAAUUAGCCAACCACUGAUUUAUUAUGUCCUCAAUUUAUGAUAUGCUUCUUCUGAAUGGAAAUUUGUUAAAAGCUAUUCAUUGGUCUGCAAAUGAUGUCGAGAAGGAUAUUAAACAAUCAUGCACAACACCCCCCCCCCAAUAAAAAAACAAAAACAUUAUUAUAUAAUACUCAGCAUUCUUAAAGAAAAAAAAAAAAAUCAAUUUUUGAUAUGCUUCUUCUGAAUGGAAAUUUGUUAAAAGCUAUUCAUUGGUUUGCAAAUGAUGUCGAGAAGGAUAUUAAACAAUCAUGCACAACACCCCCCCCCCAAUAAAAAAACAAAAACAUUAUUAUAUAAUACUCAGCAUUCUUAAAGAAAAAAAAACACUUUCUGGCACACUAAUCCAAGGAUUACUUAAGAUAAUACUCAACAGUAAACAACAAUUAUAAUAAUUGGGACUUACCUCCAGCAUAUAACUAGAAAUUAUUUAAAUUUCUAUCAACCGCCAAAAUUGAUUCUAACAAUACACGAUGAUUUGUAAAACAAGAUAAAUAACUUAAAAUUAUGAAAUACUAAUUUGUUUUCUCAUAUUCACAUGGUGUUAUAUAUAUUUUUUAUAUAUUUAUAAUUACAAAAGGUAAAAUUAAAAGGUUUAUCAUCAAUUUAAAUAAAUAAAUCAAAUAAUCCCUAUGUUAUUUAUUUAUACUUAAAAAUGUUAAACAUAGAAGAGUUGAAAUCAAUAUUUAAAUAAUAUUAUUAUUAUUUCUUGUAUUGGGAUAUUUUUUUUUAAAAUUUAAUUUAACAAAUUAAUUAAUAAAUCCAUCCAUAAAUGAUGUCCUCCAAAUUUUGUAGAUUUUUACCCCCCCCCCCCUCCAUCAUCACUAAAAGUUAGACCCCCUCAAAUAAUAUGUUACCAACCUCUGCAGCCCCACUCCACCCAAUAAAAAAAUCCAUCUGUCCACUACUGUUCUUUACAAACCCUUAAAAAAUUCAACUCCCAUGGAUAGCGAAUUAAUGUAUGUGUGUUAGAAACAUUUUCCUGAAAAAAUAGUUCUUAACCAAAGGUCAAAGCACCCCCUGAGGGGCGGAAGACCCAGAGCAUUGUAUUUGCUGUCAUUGCUAGUUGUUGCUGUCUUAAAUAAAAACAGUUUUUAUGCAUUUUGAUUAGCAGCAGUAAAUGUUUUUCCAGUUGUUUUUUUUUGCACUUUACUUGUAUUGGUAUUUUUUAUCUCUUGUUUCUAGAAAUUUAAUAAGAGAAAUAAAACGAAAAUAACUAAAUUAUUUAAUUAUUAUCAUAUUAAAAUUUUUAUCACAAUAUAAUUGGGGGUGGGUGGGUGUUGUUUGCAGAAAAUAUUGUGCAAUUGAGAAAGGAUCAGUGUCUCUUUCAGACAUUUUCCCCUGGGGGCAUUUCAGGUAUAGCUAAAGGGUGGCAUAUGUCCUUGGGCACCAGACUAGCGGGACACCAAAAUGGGCUUUGAUGGCAUUUAAUGGUUGAAAAUAAUUAGUUUCAGAGAUGGGGGGUGGGGGGGUGGGUGCGUAAAAAAUGAAUAAUAUCCCUGACGCCAAACACUCUAGUUAUGCUCCUGCCAGUUGCAUAGAAAGGGAGAGCAUGAGGCUGUUACCCAAGUGUCACUUUUUCUCUAUAUGGAGGUGCAGCAUUUUCAGACAACUGCUGAGUUUGUAUCACGAAAGGGAGAGCAGCAAGAAUAUUUGGCUGCCCAUUGUGGCACUAUUACUAGCUACACCACUAUGCAGUGUAUCUAUCAUCACCAAAUUUAGCGAUCAUUUUAAAUGGGGUGUAGGGCAGAAAUCAAGGGCGCUAAUGAAUUUUGAUUUUAUUUAUAUAAAUAAAAGCAAGGCAAAGAUCAUGCAGGUAAACUCAGGCAAACCAGAGCAUAUUUCUCUGGCGGGAAAUGCACUGGAAGAAGUGGAGGCCUUCACAUAUUUAGGCAGCAACAUUGACAUGAAUGGUGGAUCCAAAGCAGAUGUGAGGGCUAGAAUUGGGAAGGCUAGGGCAGCAUUAGUGCUACUAAAGAAAAUAUGAGACACAAUUGUCAAAAUAGUCCUUCUUGAUCGAGCCGCAACUAGGAGAACGGCGAACAUUACAGAGAAAAUACAGACCUUCAUAAACACUUGCUUUAGAAAGAUCCUGAACAUAAAAUGGCCAAACACAAUCAUCAAUAGCCUAUUGCUGAAGACAUCAUAAAUAAAAGAUCGAGGUUGAUAGGGCACACUGUCUGCAAACCCCCAGAUAACAUCCCUAACAUGAAAUCCAAAUUGAAAAAGAAAGAGAGGAGGCCCUAAAAAUAAUAUGGAGAUGCGAGCUAGAGGCAGCAGACACACAAGUAUGGGAUACACCUGGAAGAAACUGGAAAGGAAAGCACAAGGCCGCGAUGAAUGAAAAAUUGUAGAUGGCCUAUGCCCGAGACGGGGUAAAAGUAAGUAAGAUGAAUCUUGAGCUUUAGAGGGGUUUGGGGAGAAUUUUUUAGUAUUAUUUCAAAAUCAAAAGGUUCAUUUUGGAGUAAAGUUGAAUUCAUUGUUUCAAAAUUUAGCUGCAAAAGCUUCAAAAGAGCACACUUCAUAAGACCUUUUUUCUGUGUCCAUCCACACUGGAAACUCUCAUUAAGAAUUGUGUUGAAGAGCGCAGGCUCUGUAUGGGUACAUGUUUUGAAGAUAUUGGGGUGCAGAGCCUUCUAUACAGCUUUAUGUGACAUCACGUUGCUCAACCUCCUCAUCACACAUCAUCACAAAAGUGUUGGAUGCGUGAUGUCAUUCAUGGAUGUCCCCUAAUUAAAUGAGUGCUGAGUCACCAUGUUUUAUACAUUUUUAAAAGUUCCUAAAUAUAUAAUUUACCCUUUAUAUUAGAUAUGUCUGUUAAUUAAGUAAGAUAAUAAAUGAAAAACAAUCAGUAUUUUAAUUUUGCCUUUCAAGAAUUAGUUAUUUUUUAUAUUUUUUAUUAAAUUUUAGGAUUCAUUAAAGGAUUUUCUGGAACGCAGAGCUAAAGGUCAACUACUGAUUCAAAAAUCAAGUGGACUGAUGGGGAAGAUGUCACAACCUGUAAGUAUUUGACUUACUUUGUCCAUAUAAAUUGAUUUCAUAAAUACAUUUUUUGUGACUUAAAAAAAAUGUUUUCAGAAUAUAAUUUAAGAGUAAAAUGAUUUUCAAUAAGUGGGUAUCUUUAUUUAUGAGACAAAAGGCAAUUUAAUUAAAGUUCUCAUUGAUAAAAUAUUUUUUUGGCUUCAGCAGUGAAAGGCCUAUAAAUGACUUCACUCUAUUUUGGCAGAUAGUUUACUCCCCCUCCAAUCAUCACAAAUAAGACACUUUUGAUCAUUUAUUGUCAAACAUUCAUUGAGCGCUUCUUAAUGCUUGACAUCUUUAAUGAAUGUACUGACUGUGACAGCAACAUGUUGAUAUGGUGAAUUGUCUCACUCUGUACCAAGUUUUCAUGUAAACUUAAAGUCAUUUAUUUAUGAGGAGUAGUCAUUUCAGUAAAAUCACUUUUCAUUUGACACAAUUUAUCUCAACUCCCCGAGGAGUUGACAAUAUGUAGAUUUAAAUAAACAUUCCCUGGACCUAACCUAACAUAAUUAAGUUUUUAAAAUUAAAGUGUACUCAUAUAAAUCUGAAACCUUUAUAACUAAAUCAAGAACUGGGGUGGAAUGGUUGGAAUAGUCUGAUUUACAAGCGAAUGAUAAGAUAAAAGUUUUAACUUCAGACAUUCAAAUUUAAAUAUAAUUAAUUUUAAAAAUUAUGAGAUACUUUUUUAAUUUAUAUUUUUAUACAAAUAUUUUUAGGUUCAAUUAAGUACAUCGUCUGAUGGAUGUGUGAGAUUUGGAGAUACUAUAAUGGUAGUUAACAAAGGUAAUUUAUAUAAAUGUCCACAUUUUAAUUUCAAAAACUAAUAACAAACUUCAUAUAAAAGAUUGGAAACUAAAAAAGUUAAUGAAUUUUUUUUUAAAUUCACUUAUCAAUUAUAUAAAGGGCAAGUAUAUAUAUAUAUUAAAUAUGAAGAGCUUAUUUUCAAAAUGCGAUAUCCAUAAUUCUUCAUCCCAGAAAUGGUUAUGUUCACUGAGUCUCAGAAUCUCAUCGCUCAUACAAUGCAUAGCUAUAUCCACUUUUAUUUUGGCAAGGAGAAGAUGGCUAUCAUUUCAACAUCAAGUUGAGAAAUCAAUUAACAGAUAAGGAAUCAAAUAAGAAAGUCAAUUCCAUGAAUUACUAUUCAUACCGAUUGAUGAUUUGCGAGAGCGCUGAAGAUCAUAUCUUGAAAUGUCGACAAUUGUUCCUUCAAUACAUUGUUUAUUAAGAUAUGUAUGCAAAAAUCGAAACCGAAGGACUCCUCUACAUUCAAUUUAUUUAUUUAUUUAGGCAUUUUUAUAUAGCGCUUACCUUAAAGCUCUAAGCGCUUUACAAUUAUUAAAAACAUGUAAACUAACUACAAUAAAAAUGAGACAUUAGGAUAGUAACUACUAUCAAUUAAACCAAACCAAGUUGCGAUCUGAAGAGUACAUUCAUUUACGCAAUGCAGUUGUUAAUGAUGGCAAUGUGAAUCCAAAUGAAAUGGGAAAAUGGUCAUGCCAUUGGCCACAUUUACAGGGAGUCCACGGCAUAUGCAUGAAAACGCACAAUGAGCUAUGUUAGCGUACAUGGCCGCCCAUAUUUUUUAAUUACCUUUUCAUGCAACCCUAUGUGGAAUUAAAUACAACUUUAGUUAACUGGACAAUCAUCAUCGGAUCACCAUGAUAUUGCUGUGCGUGUGUUUAAACAAAAAUUGAAAUAUUUAAUAGAUUUCAUUGUCAAGUAUAAUGUUUUUGGAGAGACGCUGUUUGAUGUAUUCCAUCGAAUGGCAAAAACGAGGAUUGCCACAUGCACAUAUUUUAAUUUGUUUGAUUGAAAAAGUCACACCAGAUCAAAUUGAUAAAGUCAUUUCAAAACGCUCAAAGCACACAUAAAUGUCAAGUAUUGCAAUAUGGUGAAAGAGAUCAAGUACAUUCGCAAAUAUGUUAACAAAGGAAGCGAUAUGGCUUGAUCUUUCGAUGAAGUCUACCAAAAUCAACUUGGACGCUUCAUUAAUAGCAAUGAGCAGUAUGGCGCAUUUUAUUUUAUCAUUUCCAAUCCAUGAACACCAUCCAACAGUGAUUAAUUUGGCAGUGCACCUUGAAAAUGGACAGCACGUGUACUUCAAAAUAGAAAAUGCACGUGUAAGAGCAUUGUCACCACCGCCAGCAACGUUAACUGCAUUUUUCUUAUUGUGCGGGAAUGAUAUAUUUGGAAAGACGCUACAUACAUACUACACAUGCAAUCCAUCAGCGAACAAGUUUCAAAGUCGCAAACAAGGUAAAGCAGUUGAAGGACAUCCCAAUUUAUAUACAACCGACGCAUUAGGCCGUCUGUACACUGUUCACCCAAACAAUGCAGAAUGCUUUUACUUGCGAUUGCUGUUAAUCAACGUACGUGGACCAACAUCCUUCCAAGAACUGAGAACAGUAAACAGUCAAAUAUGUGCCACUUAUCGUGAAGUUGCCAAGAAUUAUAACUUCUGGAAAACGGUAUACAUUGGGACACUUCAUUUUCUGAUGUAUCGAAUACUGUUGUUUGCAAUCAUAUUGACAACAUGCUUCCCAUUCAAUCUAAAAGAUAUUUGAGAGAAAUACAAAGACUACGUGAGUGAAGAUAUCCUACAUCGUUUGUGUGCAAUGAAUCAAACUAAGGAUAUUCAUCCUCAUCCUAAUGUCCCUUAGUCCUUGGACCGUUGGGGCGCCACAGAUGACAUGUGAAUCAUCAUCCUCCAUUCCUCUCUGUCUUCAGCACUACACACUGCAUCGCCCAGUGUUAGUCCUGUCCACUCUUUGAUGUUAUCCUCUCAUCUUUUUAUUUGUCUUCCUCUUCUUCUCCCUCCUCUUGUGGUGCCCUGCUAUAUUCCUUUGGCAAGCCCUUGUUUCCUUGCUACGUGACCGUACCAUUGUAGUUUGCAUUUUUUCACAGUCACCAGUAGGUCAUCGUACUCCCCAAUUGCCUGACGAACCCUUUCCUUCACUGUAUCAUUGGAGAUAUGGUCCCUAUAGCAGAUGCCAAAAAUGCUUCUGAAGCAUCUCAUCUCCAUCGCCUUUAUUUUCCUUUCAAGAUCGGCUGUUAAUGUCCAGGAUUCUCAGGCGUACAAGACAACGGAGAGGACUAAUGAGCGCAUCAGCCUGAUUUUGGUGCUGGGGCUAUAUUUUUGUCAUUCCAUAUUUUCUUGAGCUUCUUUAGUGCUGUUGUAGUCUGCGCAAUCCUGGACAUCAGUUCAGGCUUGGAGCCUUCUUCUGAGACUAUUGCUCCUAGGUAUUUGAAGUGGCCUACAGUCUCUAAUCUUUCCUCCCCGACCUUAAUUUCAGUGGUGAUGCCUGUGGUAUUAUUUGUCAUCAGUUUUGUCUCUUCUGAUUAGCAUGCUGUAGGAUGACUAGGUCUUAUCGAGAUGCUUUACCAGGUUGGCUAGUUCUUCUUCGUUCCCAGCCAGUCUGUCUAUGUCGUCCGCAAAGCGUAGGUUGGUGAUUGUUCUGCCACCAAUGCUGACUUUCCCUUCAUGCGCUUCCAGAGCAUCUGACACAAUUCUCUCUAGGAAGAUGUUGAAUAGGGUGGGGGAGAGCAGUCAGCCUUGUCGUACUCCAACCGUGGUCUUGAACCAUUCUCCGAUGUUGUUGUUGAGGAAGACUGCACUGGUGGCCUUAUCAUUAAGGUUGCAUAUCAUGCUGGUUAGGUUUGUGUUGAUGUUGUAGUGCCUCAUGGUGCAUAGUAUUCAGAGGUUUAGAAUCUGCUCAGUAGUGCCCCAUCCUUGUAUGAAGCCCGCCUGUUCUUCAGCAAUGAUUCUGUCGGCAUAUGGUUUUAGUCGGUUCAAUAUGACCUUCAGCAUGACCUUGCUUGGAUGGCUUAUUAGGCUAAUUGUGCGCUAGUUUUUCCAUAGCUGUAGGUUACCUUUUUUGGGGAGGAUGACGAUGAGCGAUUGGGUCCAUGGUUUAGGUCAUUCUCCUGUAAGCCAGAUUUUGUUACAAAUAUUCAGUUAACACCAAACAUGUAUUAUGAGGUAUUGGUUUCGAUUGAGGAUAAAUGUUUUGCAAUCACGAACAAACCACUGGUACAAUUGGGAAUGACUGCUCCAAAUCAAUCUGAAAAUAUCCUUUUCCAUCGUGAUUUGCAACGAGAAACACAUAUUGAUUUUGACGAAUUGGUUACAUUUGUUCAAACCCUCAGUGUAUGACAGAAUAAUGUACCAAUUAUAAACCUAAGUGGUGGAUUGUAUUUCCUAGAUGCUCUUGGAGGCACAGGCAAAACUUUUCUAAUUUCACUUAUUUUGGUAACAACACAAUAAUGAAAUAAUAUUGCAUUGAAUCGCAUCAUCUGGAAUUGCAGCAACUCUUUUGGAUGGUACCUGUAGUAGAACAGCGCAUUCAGCACUGAAAUUGCAGUUGAAUAUGCAAACAACUAAAACAUUGACAUGCAAUAUCAAUAAAAAUUCUGGAAUGGGUAAAGUACUCCAAUCAUGUCCACUCAUUACAUGGGACGAAUGUACUAUAGUGCACAAAAAAGCAUUGGAAGCGCUUCAUCGUACAUAAAAGAUUUGAGAGAAAAUUAACACCUCUUCGGUGGCGCACUUAUUUUAUUGUCUGGUGAUUUUUGACAAACUCUACCAGUUAUACCACAUUCAACAGCUGCUGAUAAAUUAAAUGCAUGUCUCAAAUCAUUAGAAAUUGACUUUGAACACCAAUAUGCGUGUACUUUUGCAAAACAAUUGUUGGAUAUUGGGAAUGGGAAAAAGGCAAUCAAUGAAUCCACACAAUGUAUCACAUGCCAACAAACGUCUGUAAAAUCACUGCAUUCACCAACCAAUUGAUUCACAAAAUAUUCCCAAAUAUGGCACAUAAUUACAAAAUUCAUCAGUGGCUCAGUGCACGUGCUAUUCUAGCAGCCGAAAACAAAGAUGUCAGUGCAAUCAACUUCAGCAUUCAAAAUCAAAUACCAGGCGAAGCCACAACGUAUAAAUCCAUCGAUGCUGAUAUGAAUCAAAACGAAGUUGUCAAUUAUCCAACUGAAUUCUUGAAUUCACUUGACUUGCCAGGCAUCCCGUCGCAUGUUUUAACACUGAAAAUUGGUGUGCCUAUCAUUCUUCUCCAAAACACAUAUCUACCACGACUUUGCAAUGGUACUAAGCUUUCAGUGAAAAAGAUGAUGAACAAAGCUACUAUUUUAAAUGAAAAAUUUAAAGGAGAAGAUGUACUGUUGCCACACAUCCCAAUGAUUCCCCCAGAUAUUCCAUUUGAAUUCCUGCAGUAAAACACUGUAACAUACCACACAAUAGCAGGUAAACGGAAGCACAAUAUCAAUAUGAUUCAUAUCUUCUAAUAGAUCUCUUGAGCAAGAGUUGUGUAGUUGUGAAAUUUUAUUAUAUAAAAUAAAUUUUAAUUUGAACCCCCCAAAAAAUUCAGGUAACCCAGACCGUACGGUUUAUGGAAUAGGGCAGCAACCUCGUGAUGAUAGUGCUUUGGCUCUUCAUAUUCCAGACAUGAAUACUGAUGGUGAAGGUUCAUUGACUUCUCUUGUGGUAGUUGGAUCAAAAAAUUUAUCACCUACUUAUCGCACAGCUUUUAAAGUUAUACCGUAAGUCUGGGAACUUAUUAUCAUAGUACUAAAGAAAACUAAGUAAACUAAAUAGACAAUUUUAUUUGAUUCUUUUCACUUUCAAUUCUUAGAAUAUUUGUGUUGCAGGAAAGUCAAACAAUAUUUUUUUUAAAAUUCAAAUCUAAACAGAGCUGAGGUUGAUAAUCAGAUUGGAGACAAACUGCAUUAUGGCCAGCCCUUUCUGCUAGUGACAGCAGCACCGGAGACUGGAGAGGUUCAAAUUUAUAUAUGCUUACAAAUUAAUUACAAUAAAAAUAAAUUUAGCAUGACUUACUUAAACAGGAACUUAAAAUUAUUAUAAGGAAUAAAUAAAAUUAUGACAAUUUGUAUUUAAUCUGUCUUUUGUGGCAGCAAUUUUAAAAAAAUAAUUUUGUUUCAAGUAUUGGAUUCAUUUCAAUUUGUGAAAUAUUGAAAUAUUAGUCACUGUUUUGUGUAAUUUUUUGUCUUAAUUUUCACACAAAUGAAUCCAUGAAAACCAAAAUAUGGUGUAGGACUUGUAACGUUUUGAACCCUUUUCCAUUGCUAAGUGGGGUACUGAAGAAAAAAGUUAUGUUUGCAGCACCCUCAUAUUUUAAAUUAUUUAUCUGUGUGUGAGGUGAGCAGCAAAUGACUUCUAUUAUUGCUUGGAGCUGACUUUUAAGGCUCUAGCAGAUAAAUCUAUAUACAGUAGAAUUGUAAAUCAUGAGGAUAUGGAGAUUAAAGUUUACUUUAAUAUUAGAAAAUUUCCCAAUUAGCAGUGAGACGAAGAAGGAAGCGGUCUAUUAUUAUGUCUCUCCCUCAUGUUUUCAAAGACUGCAAUUAGGUGGUGAACUGCACACUAGUGGUGGGAUAAUAUUUAUAUCUACACCAGUUGUUGUUUUUUUCAAGUUCAGAAUAUGUGGAAGUAAUUUAAUAGAGAAAUUAAGCAAACUUAACACUCAAAUAAUACAAUAGGGUAAGUUAUGGGGAUAAAUUUUAUUCAAAGUUAUUUGGUGGCACUUUAGGUGUAAUAUUGUGGCACUCCAGGGUUCUACAGCAUCAUGGUUGGGAAACUUUCCUUGUACAAUUUCAUACAAUUUCAGCUGGAGAUACUUAAUACAAAAUAUCAUAAAUUUAUUUGUCUGAGUACUUUGAGGCUUCAGUUUUUCAUUCACUGAACUCUUCAAAAGACAUUUUUUUUUUAGUGUAAACUUAACUAUUACUAAAAGAAAAUUAAAGUUGAUUGUAUCAUUUUUAAGUUUAAAAAUUGUUUAAAUUGGGCUUUUUUUUACACAGCUAAUUCUUAAACUGCCUUCAAUCUUACUCCAAAAUUUGUACUUAGUUCAGGCAAAAGAUAAAAAAAACUCUGCAAUUUAGUGCUAUUUUUUAUUGCUCAAUACCAUCACAUUUUAUUUUCCCACUAUUCCUGCACUCCAUUGCUACAUACUUUAAUAUAAUUAGAUAAUUCGAACUUGGGACUACAAAUUUUAAGCUACAGAUUCUUUGACUGUAUAUAUUUGUCUGAAACCAGCAUCAUGACUUUUCUAUUUAUUAUUGUGAAGAGAAUCUGACAUUUUUUCACUUAAGGUGUGGGCAGCUUCUUUUCAGCAAAGCAGGUGCUAAUUAACUGAAAAAGAUUAUGUUCCAAAUCAUUCAUGUAUUAUGUACCUAGUUGCUCUGCACUACAAAUGGGAAUAAAUCCUAAAGAUAAAUAUAAUUUUUUCAAAGAUUUAAAUUAAAAGGUUCAUGUUGGACCCUAUCACAAUCAUUAUUUGGAAUGUUGCAUUUUUUAACAUUAGUACAGGUCAUCUUUCAUGUCAGUUGUGUGCUACCUUGAUAUUGUAUAUUUGUUUAGAAAACUAUUUUAUUAUGACAUGGUGCAUUUUCUUGUUUGCUGCUUGUAUGUCACCUGAAAUUUGAAUAAUUGGUCUCCAUUUUAAAAUUGUUUUAAUUUUUAUGAUUUUUUUUUAACCCUUCAGAGACUUUUCUAAAUAAGGUUUUACGGAACAUAGUUUGAAAAAAAAAAAAACAGGUAUAAAGCUUUGACUGAAUAAAAAUUUAAAAAAAAAAAUAAUUUAUUCUAUUUGAUUAAUUGGUUUCAAUUUUAAAAUUUUUUUAAUUUUUAUUAUUUUUUUUUAACCCUUUAGAGACUUUUUUAAAUAAGGUUUUACGGAAAAUAGUUUGAAAAAAAAAAAACAGGUCUAAAGCUUUGACUGAACAAAAAUUUAAAAAAAAAAAUAACUUAUUCUGAGCUAGAUAUGUGCAAGUUAACAGUUAAAUUAAGAGAUAUAAUUUACUCUAGGAAAUAGAAUAGAUGAUAUUUUUUUUGGCGGGAUGUAUAAUUCAAUUAAAAUUUAAUUUGAGUAUGUAAUAUUCUCUAUUCAGCUGUCUUUAUUUUCUGAUGUGAUUCUUUUCAACCGUUCUACGGAAAAAGCUAGACAUCAGGUGGCUCAUCUUAUUCCUGAAAGAUCAUUCAAAUGUGCAUGGCAAAUAGAACACAAAAACCCUCUUCUUCGUUUGGAGUACGAGCAUGAACCUGUUCUAGUGUGUAAAUAUUUUUCAAAUAUAGAUUUCAUAAUGUAUAGUAUAAAUAUUCUUAUUACUAAUACUAUGCCAACAUGCAAGCUUAAUGGUUCCAGUAACUGUCAUUUAUCAUAUAUAUAUAUAUAUAUAUAUAUAUAUACAUACAUUAAUAUGUUUAUUAAUUUAUACCGGUAUGUAUAUAUAUAUAUAUAUAUAUAUAUAUAUAUAUAUAUAUAUAUAUAUAUAUAUAUAUAUAAAUAUAUAUAUUUAUAUAUAAUAGUAUGUAUAUAUAUAUAUAUAUAUAUAUAUAUAUAUAUAUAUAUAUAUAUAUGUAUAUAUAUAUAAGUUAAAAUUUGUUGGUUUGUUUGUUCGGCAUACGAAUUUACAUGGAUUGAUGGAUGUUGACACAUAUAUCCAUCAUUAUCCAGAAAGAAAUCUUGGGGGUCAUGAACUUUUUACAACAUUCCAUUUAGGGCAAGGGGUCCUUAAUUGUUUUUUUUAAUGAGCUAUAUAAAUAAAAUGACCAACAAAUAAUCCUACAUGAAUAGAUUUAUCUUGACCAAACUUAGUACACAUACACUUAUUACCGGUAUCCACAUUCAAAUACCAAACGGUAAUGAACUCAUAAAUGGGGGCCCCAUUUCAUUUUUCCUGUUAUAAGCUACAUAAAUAUCUUAAGGCUUAGACAACACUAUAGGUGCUACGAAUUGAUGGAUAUAGUCCUUGCUUGGUAGCAAUACCCUUCAUAGUAAGUACCGGCAUCAAAAAAUUGGUGGAUUUAAAAUUAAUAAUAUCCAGUUCAUUCAGCGCCGAUCUAUAAUUUUCCAGAGAGUUCGAUAAUUUUAAAAAAAAAGCUAUACUAUAUCUAUGACAUUUUUAAACACAGUUUAAUGGAACAAAUUUUAAAUUUUAACUAUAUUAUUUAUCUGAACGAUUUUUAUGUGUGUCCUUCGUCCGUCAUAGCGACAAAGACCAUCUAGUCAUCCGGUUAGGGUGGACUGGGUCACGGUGAAUAACGAAGUGGCUUACUAGUCCGUUUCACGCUUGGAAUAGUGUCUGGCACUGCAGACAGGGGAUAUUUGCGGUCUUAGGCUGCUUUUUCGGGCUAGCCUACGAUUCUCAGCUAUCGCUAUCCUUCUGGCUUCAUGAGAUUGAGCGCCUACAUGACAGCUGAUCUCCACUUGGCUCAGUCCUGGGUUGUUUGCACCCAUUCAAUAGGUUGAUGUUUAAGGCCUUUAGUUCUGCUUUCAGUGUGUCUGUGUAUCGCUUUAUUUGACCUCCAUGUGAGCGCUUGCCUAGAGUGAGUUUACUGAAGAACAGCUGUUUGUGAAGCCGGUUGUCUUCCGUAUGGGCUACGUCUCCUGUCCAAUGGAGCUGAGACUGCAUCAGGGUGGUGAAUAUGUUAGGUAGGUUUGCUCUAGCGAGGACCUCCGUGUCAGGCACUUUGUCUUGCCACCUGUUGCCGAGAAGUUUCCUGAGGCAGGUUGUGUGAAAGUGGUUUAGUUUCUUGGCAUGACGCUGGUAGACUUUCCACGUAUCCCAUCGUCGAGAGGACUGCUGCGCUAUACACCUUAAUCUUCGUUUUGAGACUGAUACCUCUCCUGUACCAAAAAAUUCUGUGGAGUCUGCCAAAUAUUGCACUCACUUUUGCGAGUCUGGCAUUAAUUUCGGCAUCCUUGGCGACAGAUCUGGAGAGUGUGCUACCCAAGUAGGUACAUUUGUACACUGCGUUUAGACGCUGCCCGCAGAGGGUGAUGCUGAGUUCAACGUAAGGCUUCUUGGGAGCUGGCUGAUACAUCACUUCAGUUUUCUUUGUGUUAUUGUGAGGCCAAAGUUGUUGCAGGUCACGCUGUGUUGCAUGUCGGUUUCAGAGGCAGCGUUGAGUGCAAACAGAAGCUCGUUGAUGGUGUUACAUUUGACCUUGGAUUUUGCUUGAAGUUGAAGCCUCCUAAGGUUGAAGAAUGGUCCAUCGGCGCGGAAGCGGAUUGGCAAGCCCGUGGUGGAGUCCUUGAAAGCAUAAAACAGCAUUGCAGAAUACCAGUAUAGGAUACUGAAUGCUUGAGAAGACUGACCGUUGUCCUGGACUCGAUUCAUCAUGCCGCUGAUGGAAGAUGUUGGUGAACUAUUCUGGACAUCCGUGCUUCUUCUUGAUUUUCCACAGAUAUGGAUCUGCUGACCAUGUCUAAAGCCUUAUUCUGGUAAAUAAAUCGGGAAUAUAGGUCAGUAUUUUGCUCCUUGCAUUUCUCUUGGAACUGACUGGAGCAAACACCAUGUCGGAUCGAUAGUCCCGCAUUCUUUGCAGAAACUGCAUUGACUUUCGGGUAGGACACCUAGCUCUAGAUAUGCAUUCUUGUGGUUCAGUAGGGCUGGAGCCAAUAUCUUGCCUGCGAUGGACAGCAGUGAAAAUCCGCUGUGAUUGUCGCAGGCCUAUCGGUUUCCUUUGUGUUUGUACGGGUGGAUAAUGGAGGCAUCUUUGAGGACCUGUGGUACAAUUUCCGUCUUCCAGAUGAUCUGGAUAAGACGCAGCAGCUUAUCCGUCAGAGCUGGCCCACCCCCUUUGUAGAUUUUGAUAGGAAUAAUGUCAGAACCAGGUGCUUUGCCAAUGGAAGUUGGUGGAUGUCUGAUGUAUCUCAACCAAAGUUGGGCAUCAUCCAGUGACUUUUUUCGUUGGGACCUUCUUUCUUCUUCUUCUAUAUAUUAAGGGCCCACAAUCAAUUUAUUGAUCAUUUUGGCUCCUAUGCAUGUAGAGGGGAUUUGCAAUGUUUCUGUGCCUGGUGCUGAUGAGGAUAUUUCAAUGAUUACAAUCUUUCAAUAGUCUCAUCAUUGAUGAGACAAGGCGUAUUCAUCACACUAUCAAAGUGUUCCACCCAUCUUUCCAGGAUUUUCUCCUCGUUUGUGAUGAGUGUAGAACCGUCUGCACUAAGGAGACGGGAAGAGCCUGAGGUGGUAACGUUAUAUAUUUCUCUCAUGUCACUGUAUAAGUUCUGCAUGUCUUUCUUGUAUGCAAAGCCCUGAAUCUCAUCAGCUUUCGCACUCAGCCAGGAGUCUUGCAUCUGGCGCAAUGGCAAAUGGAUAUUGCUGCGGAUGCUCCUUGGUACAGCUAUCUUGGCUGUUGACAUUGGGGAAUCAUGGGAGGGCCUUGUACGUCUGAUGUUUUUGCUCAAGUAGUAGUUGGAUCGCUGAUUUUUUUUCAUCAAACCCUGUGUUUCCUGUUAGAGGGUCCGAGGCGCUCAGGGGAUGUGCUAUACACCGUCUCACGAAGUUUGAUCCACGCUGCUUCCAUGUCCUGGUUGUCUAGUGUAAUGGAAUCACGGCGUUUAUCCAGGGUGUCAAAAAAUGUCUGUCUGACAUCUGGGUUCUUCCCCUUACUGAUGUUGAGCCGUUUCAGAGCUUUGGGGGCCUGAGGUCGUCACUAUCCAGCAUUAUGUGCCACACAUGGCCUUAGUCACCUUCACGUCCUGCCGGUCCGUUUGUGAUGAUGACAUUAUCUAUUAGUUGACAGUGAUUUGAACGGGUGUGCAUCCAGGAUGUCUUGUUGUGCGUGGGGAGGCUGAAGGUGGUGUUCGUUAUAAGAAGGCCGUGUUAAACACAUGUCUGAAAUAGUAGCAGGCAGUUGCUGUUGCACUUUUAAACGCCAUGCUUCCUCAUUACUCCCCCCCCCCCCCAGGAGGUGGUGCCAAAAUGUGCAUUGAAAUCUCCAAGAAUGCUGAGUUUUUCAGCAAUCAAAGUGGAGGAGAUAACAUUGUUCAGGCCUUCAUAAAACUUAUAGUAGCAGGCAGUUGCUGUUGCACUUUUAAACGCCAUGCUUCCUCAUUACCCCCCCCCCCCCCAGGAGGUGGUGCCAAAAUGUGCAUUGAAAUCUCCAAGAAUGCUGAGUUUUUCAGCAAUCAAAGUGGAGGAGAUAACAUUGUUCAGGACUUCAUAAAACUUAUCUAUGGUCUCUUCUGUGUUUGUCAUGGUGGGUGCAUUGGCACUGACUAUGGUGGCAGCCUUUUCAUGUGAGUUCACCUUUGCCAGAGAGUAUGGUUUCACUGCAGGCGGUGAUGUCUAUGAUGUAUCUUAAAAGUUCACAGGCAAUUAGCGCCGUGCGUCAUUGAGGUUUGUUUGUAGUAUCCCUGUCAAGCAGAGUGCAGAUGUUCCAUGUGGCAAUUUUAAGUGAAAUCGAGUUUGACCACAAGUGCACCACACCUGUUGCUCUGCCGUUUAAACGUCGCCACAGGUUUUGGUGUGAUGGGUGCUGGAUGACUGAUGACUUGUGCGGAUGAUUUUGUUUAAAGUUAGGAAGAGUUGCAGAGCGUCCAUCUCGCUCUUUCAUCCGGAUCCAACCAUGUCCAAUGGUAAGACUAAGUCAAGACAACCGGAGAUGGGCACAGAUGCAGUGGAUGACCAAGAUGCUAUGUGGGCCUCAUCUUGCUCUACACACUCCACAGUGCGUUGCUGUAAUCGCCUCCACCCCCGUUAAACCUAGAAGGUCUAAACCGCAAGUCAAGAUCCCACCAGAAAUGGUAUCCAUUUUGGGAUAUGGAUCACACAUGGAAUUGGGGUCCAAUCGAGAUCAAGAUCCCAUUAGGAUCAGGAUACCAUCAGGAAGGGAUUAUACCAGGAUAUGGGACCCUUCAUGGAAGCAGGAUCCCACUUGGACUCUGGAUCCCAUCGGAUUAUGGGAUCCCACUUAGAAUCAUGAUCCCGCCAGGAUUGGUAUACCAUUGGGAUGUGGGAUCCAAAUUAGAAUCAGCAUCCCAUGGGAUCAGGAAAGGGGAUCCCAACUAGAUCUGGAUCCUAUUGGGAUCCCAUAUAAAUUGGCAUCCCAUUGGGCUUUAAUCAGGAUCUUAUCAAGAUUGGGGUUGAGAUCCCAUCGGGAUCUAAAUCACAUACUGGGAAAUCGGAUCACAACAGGAAAAGGAUCCACUGGAGAUCAGAAUGGGAAAUGGGAUCCCUGUGGGAUUGGAUUUUGUAAUUGUGUCUUUUGCAUGCCCAAAAUUUCAAUUUAAGCUAAAGGCUGUUAAGUUUUUGUUAUUUUUAUGCAAUCCUGGGCCACGCCUGGUAUAUUGGCUAGUAUGGUCUAAAAUAAUUAAACCCAAUAAGAAAAAUAUACCUCACAAUACAUCUGACUUACCCAGUACUAAAACACAUGAAAGAUAAAACUGAUUAAGAUUGUGAUCAUUUUUUUAUCUUAAUUAAAAUUUUGACAUUAUAUUCAAAAUAUUUGAUUAUUUGAAGUGUGGUAUUUUGUAUAUUACGGUACAUUUCAAGUGUUUUGCUUUUGUUAAACCAGGCAAAUGAAGAAUGCUUAAUUCAACACUGCAAAACUCACCAGAACCUGUGCUUGGAAGAAAAAUAUCUUGUUAAGUAAGUGCUUGCUGUUGUAUUAUGUAUGUUUUUAUUAUUUUUAAUUAGCUUGUGCAUGGUCAUAGUUGAUUUUGAAUGUUAAACUAUAUAUAUAUACCCCGGUGUAUAUAUAUAUAUAUAUAUAUAUAUAUAUAUAUAUAUAUAUAUAUAUNAGAUGAUUGAGUAGCUAUGUACAUUUCAACAAAUGGCUCACUUGGUCAAUCCUGGAAUGGCAAUCUCUGCUGCAUUUCUCGCAGGAGAAUCUUGACUCCUAUUUAGAUUUGGCUUUUUUUUUUUUUCAAGAACUUCAUUUGGCACAUCUUCUGCCUCUUCGACUCCUUUAUACACUGCUGUUUGCCUGCUCGAAUGUUGUUCAGCAAUGAUCUCCCAUUUGUUGAUUUCUAUGUUGGCUUCCCUCAUGCUCAUUUGCUACAAAACUAGAUAUGGGUAAUUCAGUUUAUUAUUAAUAGUAUUUUCAAUUAUUUUACAAGUUAAUCAGUCACAUCAUUAAAUAUAUUUCACACUAAUUUAUAAAAAUAAUUAAAAUUUUUAAAAAAUAAGUGAACAGUAAGAAGCAUUAGCUGAAGUCAGACUUCUCCAUUUUUUCCAUUGUUUUUUUAAUUUAUUGCUUGUGACAUGGUAAUAAUUGUUUUUUUAAUUCGACUGCUAGCGACAUAGUUGAUCUUAUUUUGGCAGCAGGUCCUUGAAUUUAAUAAAUAAAUUUACCAAAAUGUAUUUAAUGGUUUCUAUUUAUUGGCUUUUGAGCAUUUUUAAAUUUAUUAAGUUGUGUGUUGUUAUUUAAGAGAUAUAACAGAAGCGCUCAUUUUUUUAUUUGCCAUUUCAAUAAAAUAUAAUGAGUUAUUGGUAUAAUGUUAUUGUUAUGCAAAAAAAAGUUUUAAAAAUUCAAUAAUUUUAUAAUUCAAGGGCAUUUAUAAAGUAAAGGCUUUAUUAUAUUUUACAAAAUAAAUAUUCUUUUUUUACGACCGGUAAAAUGAAAUAUUUCUUAAAAUUAUGAUACUAUUUUACUUAAAAAUAUCAUUGUUACAUAAAAAAAAAAUCUGCUGACUGAGAAAUCUUUUAAAUACCCACUGGAAGAACAGAGAAGUAAAAUGUUAAAUGCUUUUAAAAAUGAAAACAAAGUUAGGGAAAUUCAUGGAAAAGACCUCAUUUCCCUUCACAGGUUAUGAUACAAGGUCUAAUGUUUUUGAACAUUUAAAUAUCCGGUAUUGAUAAAUUAGUAAAAUUAUAAAUCACCAUAGUAAAAACCAUUAGAAAUAGAGGAUUAUGUUUUUUAAAGAAAUUUAUAAUGAUUAGGCUUCACAGUUCUCCUCAGAAUAUUCUAUUUGAAAUGUAUACAAUCAUCAGUAGACUAAUUUAGUGUCCAUUAUUUUCCACCCAUUUACAUAUACCGGUAACCAUACAGGCUAAGAUUUUGUUUUUUUACUUUUCCACAGUACGUUUUUUGGAAGAGAGUAUGAAAUUUCUGCACACACAUAUUUAGAUAGCCACAAGGUGGAGAAGGCAGUCAAUCUUUGGAGUCUUGUUUUGGCAGUAGCUGGGGAUAGGACAUAUCCAAUAUCUCUAAGUCAGAAUGGCAGCCAGGAACCAAAAGCACUCAAGCCUUCAGUUUAAUAUCUGGAGCUUAUUAUAAUUUUUGUGUUUGGCAGUAUCUUAUCAUAAUCAAUGUCAACAUGUACUGGUAUUUAAACAUCCUCAAAUGCAAUUACCCAUAAGUUCCAUAUUUAGUGUUAUUUACUGAAAGAGUAUAUGUAAAAAAGGAUAAUAAAUAUUUAAAUGUUUAGAAGUGCACUAAGCUUUACCUUUAAUAAAAACUUAAGUACUGGUAACAACUUUCAUCCCGAUUAGUUCUCAAUAUAUAGAUAAAAUAUUUUUCAAUCAAUAUUGAGAAAGUAUUAGUACCAGGUAUUUAUGUUCUUAAAACAAAUUAUUGUUGGAAAUAUAGUAUGUGCCAAAAGUAAAAGAACUGAAACUUCCGCGUAUUGAACACUUAUGUGCGUAAGCUUCAGCCAUCACAUGUUCUCAGGGGUGAAAAGAUGGGCAGUUGUUAUUGGAAAUGUGUCUCUCAAUGGAGGAAAAAGUAUUAGUAUAGUUGACCAUUGUUUUUGCUCAUGCAUAAAGAGUCAUGAUGGGUGACCCAGCUUGAAAAAAGUGACAGAACCAUUCUGAGUGAAUUUUAUAAAGAUUGCACCUAGUAAUGGCUGUCAAUUUUAAUGAAAUUUGCAGCUCUGAGAGUUUUAUGUGUCAAACAGAAGGGGAUAUCUGGUGGACCAGUAACAUGCUGCAUUCCCCCUUACUAAAGUCUUAGACAAAGAUCCUUGAAAGUGAUCAUAAGUGAUACCUCUGUUUCGAAUUAAGUACUUAGGUGCUUAUUUCUAUUAAAUACAGGUUGAACAACACUUGAUGGAGUCAGAUAUGCAAAUGCAAGGUGGGAUGAUAAUUUUUGCCAAUGGUUUACAAGGAUUCAUAUUUUUAAGGAAUGUGUAGUCUCCAACAUAAGUCACUUUCAAUUAGUUGUUGAUUAGAUUUCCUCUUCCAUUGACAGAGUGCCUUUCAAAAACAGUGAAAUUUACUAAAAGUAGACAACAUAGCCAAUUUACAUGGUACAUAGUGCCGUCUUAUUAAAUCUCUCUUGAAAUUUUCUGCCACUUUUUCAAACAAAGUCCCCAUUUACAACCUAUUGCGCAUGAGCGAAAAUAAUGGUCUGCUAUGAAUUUUUCCUCCAUUGAGAGACCUAUUUCUAACUACAGGUAAGGAGUUCUUUCUGUUUCAUUUUGAUAACCUAUGGCUAUAUAAAUAGUACCGGUAGGCAAAAACUUAACAUCUUUAGUUUAAGAAAAACUGUUGAAUAUCAAAUUAUGUAUCUGCCCUUGAAGUUUUACUUAUCAGGGUUAAAUAUGCAUAAUUUAUAGAAGAGAUCUCAGUGACUCUUAUUACGGUAUGUUAAAAAUUUUAUAUUGCACUAAUUGUAGUAAUCAUAAAUAAAUACUGAUUUUAUAAUUUAACUUUUUCCUCUUGUAAUGGAGAAUUUAGAUUUGGAAAUUAAGAAAAUCAGUAUACUAAAGAAAAAUAAUAAAAAUGUAAAAAGUUUUAAAACAUUCAGUUAUUUACCUCUACAACCACUGUAAAAAUAUAACUACAUAUAUAAUAUGAAUAUAUAUAUUAUAUGAAUAUACAGCACCGGUAAUUGUUAGAGACACAUAUUUAUUGAGAUAAAUGUGUAAAUUAUUAUUUAUAAUUUUGCUACAUCAUACUGUUAUAAGAUUGUUAUUAAAAUGUGUCCAUUCACAGCAUCGCCAUUGUUAUGUUACAUAGGCCUACUGUUUGUUGUAUUUCUGCUAAUGAUUCUGAGAUUUUUUUGACAACUUAUUCUGACCGUAAUCAAAUUCACCACAGCAUUUAAAUUAAUGAAGAGAUUUUAUUAUAUUACUUUGAAAAUACAAUGACCAUUUGAAUAUUUUGAUUGAGCCAAGAGAAAUUUAAGUAACUGCUACUGUGGACAAAAACAAUUCACUCCAAAUUCUGAUUUAAAAUUGGGUUAGAUGAACUGAUUAAUCAUUAAGAAUGUUGCUGAAUUUAAUAAUAAUAUGUAUGAAUAUAUAAAUGGAAAGAUACACCAUAAUGGCAGUUGAUAACUUGCCCAGUUCUUCAGUAUUCUUUUGGAAAAACUAAUGGGUAAAAAAAGGAGAUUAAUAAUUGUUUUAAAGCCCACGUCUUAUUUUAUCUAAAAAGAACAGAGUUUUUUGUGUGUCUAUUUUAACAUUCUUAGACCUUUAUACUGAUCUGCAGCCUACACAAUUUUGCCCUUCAAAACACUUAAUGUCUAGACUAGUACUCUACAAAUAUUUUCAGUUAAAAUUUCAUAUUUUGAUACAGGGAUUUGAAAAUAUUUCUUACUUUCAGUAUAUAUUUAUCAAAUAUAUAUGUAAACUCUUUAUAUAAUGUGUAAUAACUUUUUUCUAUACUGUUAAAAAAAAACUUCACAGAUGGCUCCAAAAUUGAUUGUCAGUUUCAGUUCAUUAGUUGAAUAUUACUCUACUAUGCACCACAUCUCAGCAGAAUAGAUUGCAAAUUUUAAACUUUCACAAAUUUUAAAAGAAUAACAUUUAUAAUUAAUAGUAAUAGUUUCAAAAAUAUUAUUUUUCCAUCGGGUAUAUUUCAAAUAAGACUAAAUUGCCAGUUUUGUGAUGAUAAUCGCCCAACAACUUUCUCUGUCGUGGGUUUUCUUUCAUGCAGACUUUAAUUUGCUAGGGUCCCUGGAUCUGAACACUGUAACGUAAAACAGACUUUGUCAGAAAAGUACAGUAUGUAGAUUAGUACUGACAUGAUCAAAUAUUUGUUCUUGUGAUCUGUUUAUUGUGAUACUAUUAAUUAUGGGAAUCGUCUUUGAUGUUUUAGAAUAAACUUUAGUUCAGAACUAUCCAGUAGAGUUCCUUAAUGUACGAACUCCACAAGGAAUGACCUCUCACUUUCUGCUAAUAAACUGAUAAAGUCUGGAGUAAUAGCUAUGCUACUUCUAGUACUACUAAGUAACUUGAAUUCAAAUAAAGGAAGGUAGAAAGAAAAAUAAAAUGAGUAAAACAGAGUAGGGUUAAACCUGAAAAAAUAAACGCAACAAAACAGCGAACGUGUCGGCAGAAAGCCUUCGUCAGCGAAC